AUGGAAGAGUCAAAAGAGAAUACCCUAUCCGAAACACCGCUCCUUCCUGUGGAACCUUCGAUCUCAGACGUGAAAGUAGUGGAUGCGAGUGAUACAGUUCACGACUCUGGAGGACGAAAAACUGAUUCAGCAUCAUUCAGGAGAUGGUUUGAAGAGUUCUGGCUGAAGAGGAGUCCUCCUUCUCCAGACCAGAAGCAAGUUGACGGUUGGCCCGAGAUCCUCUUGACCGAAUGUUCCAACGACGACUGGUCACCUCACUGCGGCCUUCAAGAUCAGCAAUGGGAACAAUUAUCGGCCCACUCAUCACAUCUUGGGAUCGUCAAAACAGCAAGCUUUACUGACCAAAGCGUAGGGAGAUCAAGGGCUGCAACACAGAGCACCUUCAACCCUAGCAUACAUUCGGGCGGUCGUGGUUCAAUCGAAAGCUUGAGGCCCAGUGUCAGCCCUUUGAUAUCCCAUGCAGUGCUGCUUCACUCCCUUGAGAGGCGUCAAAUACUUCGGGAGAUCAUCACUACUGAAACCGACUACGUAUUCGGGUUGAAGGCCCUUGCUGAUGUACUUCUAAUUUGUUCCGUCAGACCCCGGAUAUAUCGCAACGUGCAACGCAUUCGAGAACUACACCAGACCUUCUUGGCAAGGGCUCGUGCCGUGAGCCCCAUGUCCGUUUCGGCUGCAUCCGAAGUCGAUAAGCUGUUCCCCCAGGGCGUUGCUAAAGGCUUGAAGGCAAUUGACUUGAAACGCCUUAAUAACCUUCAAAGCAGAUCUUUGAGAAAGCAGAGUUUGAAGACGUCGAUAAUUGCCCGUCUCAACUCAUUGGCUGCGCAAGGUUCGGAAGCCUAUGACAUGGCGUAUGCGAUUGCUGAACUGUCAAAGUCCUUCAAGCUUUAUGAAGACUUUUGUUGCAAUUUUGAACUUCUCUUGCAAGACGUAAGCCUCCUUCGCGGGUCAAUCCCGAAUUGGGAAGCCUUUGAAGGAGGCAUAGAAUCUCUUUCGAAGUCUGUGACGUCCUUAGAGAACAAGCUCUUGACAGAUAAUAGAUCAAUGUCUUUAAGUGACCUCGUCGUCAAGCCAGUUCAGCGCCUUUGUAAGUAUGAGCUGUUCCUGAGGGAGCUACUAAAGUGCACGCCAGUUCAAGAUGACCCGUUAUCGCAUGACAAAAUCAAGGAAGUGCUGGAUGGUCUUCGCCCAACAAUCGAGCGCGUCAAUCAAGCCAACGAAACUCUCAAGCAAAGGGAACUCAUUGCAAAAACCCUUUUGCUGAGAGAAAAGCUGGAAUUGCCAGAGCCGGACAUUGUUCACGAUAUUUACCUACAAUUGGGACCCAUCAAACUAUGUGGCGUCCUUCAUGCGACUUACCAGUUACCGGCAGAUAUUGUGGGUGAAUACGUCGUCUGCGCUCUGUUUGAAAGCUAUCUUGUUCUGGCUGCUUCGAGAGACGGCUGUUCAAGACUCCAAGCUGUGGCGUGCCUGUACGUCUGUGAUCUCAAGAUCGACACCUUGAGAAACGGGAGAGGGCUAUGUUGCUACGGAUGCUUGUUCUCGUGGAAGGUUAUUUUUGAACAUCGAAAUAAUCAGUACGAGCUCGUCUUGAGCGCGUCAUCGGCGAUUGAAGAGAAGCAAUGGAAAACCGAGAUACUUAGGGCGGCGGCGGCAUUGACCGAAGUUUCGACAGCAGGACAGUCGGAAUCAAAUCUGUACUCCUUUGAGGUGCUAGGCCUACUCCCGCUUGAAUGCUCGACGGGUUUAACAACUCUCUUGUCCCGAAAACCUUCAAUCCACUCAUUGGCCACUUCUGCGAGUAGGGCGAAUUUGCAGCAUGUUGUGAUCAGAAAAACGCACAAGCCUGGAGAGGCAUCGACUGAAGCGGAUGGAGUAAUCGAACGCCCAAAGAUUCCCCCUUGGGCCUCGGCGCUGGUCCUGACAACAAGAAGACAAGAUAGAGUUGAUCUGGAACGAUUCAUCUUCAAUAUAUAUACAAAGGGCUCACUGCCUUAUCCUGGGAUGCCUCCUGCCAAAGGCAAGGACUUGCUCAAGCCAAGUAAGCUCAUGGUAGCUAUCAGGGAAGGGGUGUACAGACGUUCUAGCUCCGGGGGCCUUCCAACCACUAGGCGCCCUGCCAUAGUACUUGCUCCUGCAAAAACCAGCAAAAACGAGCAAACCGGCAGGAGUGAGGGUGGAACUGACGAACCGCCUAUCGAGGACAGGAAGAAGGCUGCCUCGCCUAUGAGUCGCAUGGGAACUGUUCGACGAGCGCUAACUGUGAGGUUUCAGGCCAGACACAAGUCUGCUUCGCAUGCUGAUCUGCCUUUGCAGUAUAAGGGGCAAUCAGACCAACUUUUUCACAAGGUGUCAGUACGAGGGAUCUUCAACUCUGUAUCUCGGAGGAGCUCCAAGAGAAUUUUGCAUACAGCCUUGAGCCUGGACGGUGGAGCAUAA